AAGUUCACUUAUCCUUGUUGUAGAUAUUGGGACUAGACGCGUGUGCAGACACAAUGGUAGGAGAUGAGAUGUUCAGGGGCAUAUCUGGUGGACAACGGAAGCGUGUUACUACAGGUGAGAUAUUGGUUGGGUCGGCGAGAGCACUAUUCAUGGAUGAUAUCUCUACAGGGCUCGACAGUUCAACAACAUUCCAGAUCAUAAACUUCCUCAGGCAGGCCAUCCACAUCCUAAGCAGGACGGCGGUCAUCUCCCUGCUACAGCCUUCACCUGAGACUUACAACUUGUUUGAUGACAUCAUACUCCUCUCAGAUGGGCAGGUCGUGUACCAUGGGCCCCGCAAGAACGUUCUCGAGUUCUUUGAGUCUAUGGGGUUCAGAUGCCCCGAGAGGAAGGCUGUUGCAGACUUCUUGCAAGAAAUAAUGUCAAGGAAAGAUCAGAAACAGUACUGGGCACGACAUGACCAACCCUACCAGUAUGUAUCUGUGAAGGAAUUUGCUGGGGCUUUCCAUUUGUUUCAUGUUGGCCAAGACAUGGCAAAUGAGAUUGCAGUGCUGUUUGACAAGGGCGCAAGCCAUCCUUUGGCACUCACUACCUCAAAGUAUUGUGUAAGCACAAAAGAACUUCUGAAAGCCAAUGUCGACCGGGAAAUUCUUCUCAUGAAGAGGAACUCAUUCUUCUAUGUAUUCAGAAUCGUACAGCUGAUCUUGUUGUCAAUCAUCGAGAUGACAUUAUUCUUUCGUACAGAGAUGCAUCGUGAUUCUGUGGCGAAUGGAGGCAUCUACAUGGGUGCACUCUUCUUUACUACGAUCAUGAUCAUGUUCAAUGGUUUGUCUGAGCUGCCCCUCACCAUUUUUAAGCUCCCGGUAUUUUUCAAACAAAGGGAUCUCCUAUUCUAUCCUGCAUGGACUUAUACUGUACCCUCAUGGAUUCUCAAGAUCCCCCUCACAUUUAUCGAGGUUGGUGGGUUUGUUUUUACAACCUAUUAUGUCAUUGGAUUUGAUCCUGAUGUAAUCAGGCUUUUCAAGCAAUAUCUGCUUUUCUUAGCGGCUAAUCAGAUGGCAUCUUCCCUCUUCCGGUUCAUUGCCGGGGCAGCAAGAAACAUGAUUAGUGCAUAUGUCUUUGGAUCAUUUGCAUUGCUAGUUUUUAUGCUUUUAGGUGGAUUCGUCCUGUCAAGAGAUAGUGUAACGAAGUGGUGGAUUUGGGGAUACUGGAUCUCUCCACUGAUGUAUGCGCAGAAUGCUGCAUCAGUGAAUGAGUUCUUGGGGCAUAGCUGGCAGAAGGUCUUGCCAGGUUCAGAUGAGCCCCUUGGUGUGCUAGUCCUCAAGUCCCGUGGAGUAUUUCCGGAGUCUAUGUGGUACUGGUUUGGCUUUGGCAUGUUGCUUGGAUUCACUCUGCUCUUCAACUCUCUCUUCACUUUAUGCCUUGCGUAUCUUAAGUCAAUUGGUCACUCCUAUCCGUCAGUAUCAGAAGAGGCGCUGAGGGAGAAAAAAGCAAAUUUGACUGGCAGUGUUGCAGAUGUGCUGUUUAUAGGGAAGGGACCCGGCAACACUUGCUUGACAUCUGGCAGUGCUCAUCAGGCAACUGGCUGCCAUAGUGAAACAUGGUCAUCUAUUUUUGAUCCCGAUUCUAUGCCCGCACAAAGGGGAAUGAUUCUCCCCUUCGUUCCACUCUCGCUUGCUUUUGACGAUAUACACUACUCCGUUGAGAUCCCAAGGGAAAUGAAAGUACGAGUAUUGCAAGAACGGUUGGAGAUCCUAAGGGGUGUCAGUGGGUAUUUUAGACCAGGAGUACUGACCACACUGAUGGGUAUUAGUGGUGCUGGAAAGACAACUUUGAUGGAUGUGUUGGCUGGAAGAAAGACCAGUGGAUUCAUCAAGGGAAGCAUCAGCCUUUCUGGCUAUCCUAAGAAGCAGAAGACAUUUGCACGCAUUUCGGGGUACUGUGAGCAAACUGAUAUCCACUCUCCACAUGUGACAGUGUAUGAGUCACUAUUGUUUUCGGCGUGGCUCCGACUUCCACGGGAUGUGGACUCAAACACAAGAAAGAUGUUCAUUGAGGAGGUGAUGGCACUCGUGGAGCUCACGACGAUGAGAGAUGCUUUGGUUGGACUGCCUGGAGUGAACGGUCUGUCAACCGAGCAGAGGAAAAGGUUGACAAUCUCUGUGGAGCUUGUUGCAAACCCUUCAAUAAUUUUUAUGGACGAACCAACAUCAGGACUUGAUGCCCGGGCAGCAGCCAUUGUCAUGAGGACAAUAAGAAACACUGUUGAUACUGGUCGAACUGUCGUCUGCACAAUUCAUCAGCCUAGCAUUGACAUAUUUGAAUCUUUUGAUGAGCUUUUUCUAAUGAAGCAAGGUGGAGAAGAGAUCUAUGUAGGUCCAUUAGGACACCAUUCUUCAAAACUGAUUGAGUAUUUCGAGGCUAUUGAAGGAGUCAGUAAAAUAAAAGAUGGCUACAAUCCAGCAACAUGGAUGCUGGAAGUGACGACAGUAUCACAAGAACAGCUAUUGGGCAUUGAUUUCAGUGACAUAUACAAGAAAUCUAAACUCUACCAGAGGAACAAAGCCUUGAUAGAUGAGCUGAGUACUCCACCAUCUGGUUUGGACGCCCUCUACUUUCCUACCAAGCAUUCAAGAUCUUUCUUCACACAAUGCUUGGCAUGCCUCUGGAAGCAGAACCUGUCAUACUGGAGGAAUCCCCAGUAUAAUGCUGUCCGUUUUUUCUCGACAACGAUUAUAGCUCUACUCUUUGGCACCAUAUUCUGGGAUCUUGGCACCAAAAGAGAGAAACCACAAGACUUGUUCAAUGCAAUGGGCUCAAUGUAUGCUGCUGUUUUAACCAUAGGCGUGCUCAAUUCAGCAUCAGUUCAACCAGUGGUGGCUGUUGAGCGGACUACCUUUUACCGUGAAAGAGCAGCUGGAAUGUACUCAGCUUUCCCAUAUGCAUUUGGACAGGUCGCAAUUGAGAUCCCGUACACAUUGGUUCAGUCUGGCAUAUAUGCGGUAAUAGUGUAUCCUAUGAUCGGAUUCGAGUGGACAGUACCUAAAUUCUUCUGGUAUCUCUUUUUCAUUUACUUUACGUUGCUCUACUUCACAUUCUAUGGUAUGAUGGCAGUUGGGUUGACAGAGAACCACACCAUAGCAUCCGUUGUAUCCGCUUCAUGCUACGCCAUAUGGAAUCUCUUCUCCGGGUUUGUGAUCCCCAGAACUAAAAUUCCUAUCUGGUGGAGAUGGUACUAUUGGAUGUGCCCUGUUGCAUGGAGUUUGUAUGGGAUGGUCGUGUCACAGUAUGGCGAUGUUGAUGAUCCGUUGUACGAUGGUGUCACCACCACCACUGUGGCAAGAUUUGUCAGUGACUACUUUGGCUUCGAGCACAACUCGUUGAUGGCAGUUGGCGCAGUUGUUGUGGCCUUUGGGCUGCUCUUUGCCUUCUUGUUCGGUUUUGCAAUAAUGAAGCUCGAUUUUCAUAGGAAAUGAUGUAGAGGACCUUGCUGACAAUGUACAGUUCGAAAUUUGGUCAUGUAUUUACCGGGAAGAUUCCAGCUUGAUGUCAUAUAGAAUAUUCCUAGCAUCAUGAACCAACUGUGUCAUGUGGGAAAUGAAAGGUUCAUAUGUAAACCAAAAGUUGCUUUUGUUGACAAAAGUGAUAGCAAAUUGGACUCAGCACA